GCACAAAGAGGCCAGCUAGUUUGUACCCAAGUGGCAAACACAGAGAGAGUCAGAGAGCAAGAUUUGAAGACAGAUCCAAGACAAAGAAUGGGGCAGAGGUUGAGACGUCUGCUACUAAUAUUGGCAUUUCAAUGGGGUGUUGUGGAUCUUGUUGCGGUACAGGGCAGAGCAUUUGGGCGUCAAGACGAAGAACAGAAGUGUAAUUUGUAUGAAGGAAGUUGGGUCAUUGAUUCUUCAUACCCUCUCUAUGGCGCUUCCAAGGAUUGCUCCCUCAUCGUCGGUCAGGGCUUUGAUUGCCUCAAAAAUGGCCGACCUGAUAAGGAUUUUCUAUCUUACAGAUGGAAGCCCUCUGCUUGUGACCUCCCUAGGUUUAAUGGGAAGAAAUUCUUGGAGAGAAACAGAGGGAAGAAGAUAAUGUUCGUGGGGGACUCCAUUAGCAACAACAUGUGGCAGUCACUUUCCUGCAUGCUCCACACUUCAGUCCCAAAUACAAAUUACAACUUCAUGGAGAAGCCUAAGAAUCUCUUUACAUUCCUAUUUCCGGAAUAUGGAACUGAGAUUACGUGGUUGAAGAAUGGAUUUCUAGUGGAUUUGGUGAAAGAUAAAGAAAAAGGAAGGAUUCUGAAGCUGGAUACAAUAAGUUCUGGGGACCAGUGGAAAGGGAUAGAUACUUUGAUUUUCAACACCUACCAUUGGUGGACUCAUACAGGAUCGUCUCGAACGUGGGAUUAUUUUCAAGUGGGGACUAAGUUGAUUAAAGACAUGGAUCACAUGGAAGCUUACAGGAUAGCAUUAACCACAUGGGCUAAAUGGGUUGAUUCUAACAUUGAUCCUUCAAAAACCAAAGUUCUGUUCCAAGGCGUUGCUGCCUCCCACGUUAGUGGGAAGGGCUGCCUGGGAAAAACUCAACCAGAGCAAGGGGCUGAGCCGCCGUAUCCCGGGGUAGACAUAGUGAAGAGCACUCUGCGAAACAUGCGCAUACCAGUUCAUUUGCUUGACAUAACUAAACUCACACAGCUUAGGGUUGAUGGCCAUCCCUCCAUCUUCACAGGCAGAGGCGCUUCCUUUGUUGAUUGUAGUCACUGGUGUCUAGCCGGUGCUCCUGAUUCUUGGAAUGAACUCUUGUAUGCUGUUUUGAUUGGCAACUAACUAUUAAUAACAUCGUCGUCUCUAAAGCUUGCGAUAUUCUCUUACUGUUUUCGAAUCAGGAAACCAUACUUCCAUAAUUGACACAUGGGAGUGCCAGUCUGCCAGAUAACUCAUCUAAUUUUAACAAAUGAACCAGUAUUUUGCAUGCUUGACACUGUUGUCACUUGC